ACGGCGUAUGUUGUCAAAAGAAAAAAGAUGGCGUCGGUGUCAGAAAUGUACGAUGUUGGAUGGGAAGAAAUGAGGGACAAGCUGCGCAAAUGGAGAGAGGAUAACUGCAGAAACAGUGAACAAAUUGUGGAUGUUGGUGAAGAACUCAUCAGUGAUCAUGCAUCUAAACUGGGAGAUGACAUAUGGAUUAUUUAUGAGCAGGUGAUGAUCGCAGCGCUGGACUGCAGUCGGGAUGACUUGGCUCGGAUCUGUCUACAGGAACUGAAGAAGCAGUUUCCAGAUAGCCACAGAGUGAAGCGAUUAACGGGCAUGAGGCUGGAAGCUUUGGAAAGGUAUGACGAGGCCAACAAGCACUAUGAUGCCAUUCUCCAGGACGACCCAACCAAUACGGCUGCAAGAAAGCGAAAGAUCUCCAUCCUUAAGGCCCAGGGAAAAAGCACCGAAGCCAUCCGGGAGCUCAACGAGUAUCUUGAGCAGUUUGUUGGGGACCAAGAAGCGUGGCAUGAGCUGUCGGAGCUUUACAUCAACGAACAUGACUAUGGAAAAGCUGCGUUUUGUCUGGAGGAGCUGAUGAUGACCAAUCCUCACAAUCACUUGUACUGUGAGCAGUACGCUGAGGUGAAAUACACCCAGGGGGGGCUGGAAAACCUGGAGCUGUCCAGAAAGUAUUUUGCCCAGGCGCUGAGGCUGAACAACCGAAACAUGAGGGCAUUGUUUGGUCUGUACAUGUCUGCAAGUCACAUUGCAGCAAGUCCAAAAGUCAGUGCCAAGGUGAAGAAGGACAACAUAAAGUAUGCUGCUUGGGCUGCCACACAGAUAAAUAGAGCCUAUAAGCUCGCCGGUCGUGGAACGAAGGAGAACAAAUGCUCGGUGAAGGCCGUGGAGGAGAUGCUUGAGUCCAUGCAGAUCACCAUGUCCUAGAUGUCCAUGCCUUUCUACCCAUGUACGCUCAAACAACUCAGAGCAACACGGCAGCUCAAAUAGCCUCGCAAUGUGACCAGAACUGCAUCUAUAGUUGUCUUUUAAUCCCUUCAAGUUUGGUCCUCUAAUUGACUAAACUUGACAUGGACAUUUGGGAUACAUUACUUUCUCCUAUGUGCAAAUGUUCCCCCAACCAUCUGGAACCUUCAACAGCAAAUUCCUGCUUAUUUGAACAACUUUUUCACAGCAUUAACCCAGCUGUGAUUUCCCCCAGCCUGGAUUAUACCUUCUCUCCAUCACAGGCUGUCUCUCAAGGUAACCUUGAACUGGUAUUGCUUAUUAGCACGUCCACAUCAAGGCUUUAACUGUGAGCAGGAAAGAUAACAAGCUGUACAGUAGAUGCUAUUUAUAAAGACUGUGGAGAGCCCACCUGUCUGCACUGAGGUCCUUAACUGUAUCUGUACUGUCUGUAAAUUAAACAUCUUUCUCUAAUAAAACUUCCUUCUUUUCUCUGA